AUGAAGUAUUCUACAGUCCUCAGCCUAGCGGCCGUCUUUACUGGCUACGUCGUGGCUGAAACCCCCUCUACUUGCAGCACUACUGGGGAUAACACUCCUAUCAAAUCUGGCUGCUGUCCUAGAGAUCCCUUGAAACGUCUCAGACGCUCUGCUAGGGCUAUAUUCGCUCGCACGGAUAGCCCAACUUGUCCAACUCCCGAGUUCUAUGGCGAUUCUUGCUGUACUCAUGAAUUUGCCAAGCCUACUCUCGAUAAAGGCACUUUCAACCUUCAGUGCGGAGCCAAUGGAGUGGCAGAUAUUGUCAAUAACGCUGUCAAGGUCGAAAUCGUGGGCUGCGACUCCGCGGAUGAUCUCACGAAGGAUACUUGCAUUCUCAAGAUUUCCUCCACUCCAGUUGGCACCAUCAGUGACACUCACCUUGAGAUCUCGACUUCUGCCUGGACCAGCGCCAAGUAUCCAACAAAAGACCCCGCCUCGUGGUCAUAUAAUUCUUACUGCGUCAAGACCACCGGUGUGUGUCAAGUGCCGUUCAACAAGAUCGGAGACGGCGCUUCAGCCCUCUGUGACAAGAAAUUGAACAUUGCCUACCAUACCUCUACCAGCGACGGCACCACGUCAAAGACUUGUACCGGCGAUGGAACCCUUAUUCCUGGCCAGCCGGGCAAUCGUUGGUGGGAGUAUCUCACUUUGGACUUUACUUGUCCCAAAGCCUGCGAUGGCUGGUGUUGUUGCAAGAAGCCGGUGACGCCUCCUCCACCUUCAACCAAAGUCUGCGAUAUCGGCACUGCAUUCGGCCAUGGCGAUGGAGCCAAGAAUCUGAACGGCAAACCUGUUGGUCCAGCUGUGUGCAACAAUGCCAACCGCUGGGGUUGGUAUUUCGCUACCAGCAAGACUUCAUUAAGUGGAAAACUUAUCGUUGGUGCCGGUGGCAAUGACCUUACGAAGGGAACCACUGUCGGAACUUGGUCAGCUACAAUCGCGGGGUCUGAUAUCACGUUCAGUUAUGACUUGUACGACGACACUACUGACGGACGCUUUGACCUUUCUUCGGUACAUGUAUACGCUUCGUGCACUGCACCUACAACAUGUGCCCCUGGCCAAUUCACGUUCAAGGAUGACAGUCUGACGGGCAGUUCGGACACUUCAUACACCAAGAAGUUCUCAGUUGAUGGUGAUACCUGCUCUACCUACUACCUCAUCUUCCACGCGUCAGUUAACCAGCAGAUCCCGUCAACUGAAACUUGCCCGACCCCGGCGCAGUGA